AUGCACGAUGAUUAUCCGCCUCCUGCCGACCAAGCCGACCAGCCCACCAUUAUCACCUUCGACAACAGCGGCGACGGCCCGCUCCGAGUACCCGGUUUUGGCACGAUUCCUCUGACAUACGAGCUCCCAUCCGGCGCGCGCUUUGCCCACGGCAUCCAAGAGUGGCGACAGGCGCCCACCGUCACCGCCCGGGAGCUGGCCAUGACAACCGCUAUGAACCGUCUGACCGACCGCCCCAACUGGCAUGUCGACGUCUUCGAUGACGGGAUCGUGGCGCGCUGGCGACAAGACAGCAUCGCCUCCCUCGCGAUGAAUCCCCUGCUGAGUGAUCGGGCCUGGGCCUGGUGCGUCCGGGAACUGCGCGAUAAGGCCGUCGAAUAUCGUCAGAAGGGACAUAUCCGGGUGCUAGACACGGGGUCCUGUGUUUGCAAGUCGGACCAUGUUCCUGCGCGAGAGACGGGGGAGCUGGCCGGGGAGUUCCGACGCGCCGUGAAGCCGGUGCUCGGCGCCCUCAUGCAAUCCGGGAUGGUGGAUUGGCGGUCACGGCAUCGGUUAAGUAUCAUCGACCCGACCUUGUUUCCGCUGGUCUAUGGGCGGAGUCUGGUCUUGGCGGAUGGGGGUCGAGUGGAGAUGGGGGAUGUGUGGGGCGCGUACCAGGGAGCGACUCCCCUUGCGCCCACUCAUGUGGAUAAGAGGACCGAUGCGGCGGAUGUUCAGAGGCAGAUGGAGGAGGCCCGGCAUGUGCAUGCCGAUGAUGAAACAGCGCCUCACUAUCGGUGGAGCGCGAACUAUCAGGCUCUACCGUGUGAAGUGGAGUUCAUCGGCGAGGCAGGGUCAACGCAGGUGCGCCUCGCAUCGUACAUCAACAAUCUACACCCGAUGCACAAGCACCUCUACCGGGCAAUCGAGACGCUGAUGAGCCGGGCGAUUCCAUUGUGGAACGACUGUCUGGUGCAGGGACAGCGCGGCUGGAAGGAUAUCCUGAACCAAGGCCAGCUGGGGCCGGUCCCGCUCCGGAUCAUCACGUAUGGAGUCGAAUGGGAGAAUGAGCUUCCCGAAUGGCUGCUCGCCUUCCGGGUCCCAGGGCCACGAAGGAAGAGGAUGUACCGCAAAGCGCGAGAAGCGCUUCUGGACAGUGUGGGAGAUGACACGGACGAAGGUCGCCGCAGACACCGAGAGGCGCAAGAACGGCUGGACUGCUAUCCAGACGUGGAGGGAAACGAAGAGAAGGAGUUGCCGCCCCCCGAAUCAGACCUCUGGCAACGCGCGAAGGAGUAUCUCGAGCUCCCUGAGGACGGGUCUGACACUCCCGUUCCUGCCCCGGACGACUGGCAGCAAGACGCGUGGGGGAAGAUCCAAGGCAAUCUAAAGCGGCGGCUGCGUUUCUGUCACCCCGAGCCAGGGACCGCAUUUUCUUACGAAGAGUGGAAGACGGCGCGCCACAACGAGAGAGCUGUGGUGGAUCUAGUCCGCGAGAGGAAGGACUGGCACGAUAUUCCCUACGAGCCGCUCACACCGCCCCACAAACCCUAUACAAUUCGGCUCCAGGACACCUUCCGUCUGCAGGGACUACAAAUCAUCGUCAACAUGGAGAACAUCGAGCUUACCCCCGACAGUCGGGACUACAAAGGCACGGACUGGCACAUGGAAGGCCAGCUCAACGAGCACACUGUUGCUGUUGCCGUGUUUGCAUACGAUAUCGACAAUAUUACCGAACCCCGAAUCGCCUUCCGUCAGAAUACUAAGCUAGAUGAAAGCUUCUAUCGAUAUAGGGAGUACAAAGAGCAAGGGCGAAAGUGGCAGUGGCAUCCCCGACUGCUGCCCGCCCGGCGACAUGGGAAAAACACCCACUCGGAUCUGAAUGAACUGGCACAGAUCUUAGGAUUUUCAAGCUUCGACCUCGAUGCCGAUAAUCCCACAGCAAGGACAUGGCAGGAUAAAGGUGCAGUUUCGCUCUCGCAAGGGCGUGUGAUCGCAUUCCCCAACCUUCUCGAGCACCGCGUCGAGCCCUUCUCCCUGGCCGAUUCCAGCCGCCCGGGGCAUUAUCGUUCCAUCACCUUGCAUCUGGUUGACCCGCACUAUCGCAUCUGCUCCACCCGUAAUGUGCCGCCGCAGCAGCAUCACUGGUGGGCACAAGCGGUCGGGGAGACCCUGCGCGCUGCGGCCCGACUCCCCCAGGAGAUUAUUGACAAGAUCCUGCAAAACACCGGCAGCUGGCCUAUGGGGUUGCCGGAAGCGCGACGGCACCGCCGCGCGUUAUGGCAAGAGCAUCGCUGGAACAACCUGGUCCGGAUGGAUCGGAUGGGUCAUCCGUACUUCAAUUGUUGA